GUCUGUUCGUCACCAUCGACGUCAAGACUACAAUCAUCACGAUGAAACUGCUAAUUAUUUCUUUACUUGUCGCUCUAGCCGUAGCUGAGAAGGUUCGAUAUGACGGAUAUCAAACUCUCCGUAUCGAGCCUAAAGGCGUUAUCCAGAAUGAUUACAUCCAUCACUUAGCCGAGACUUUGAACGAAAAGUACGACUUCUGGACUCACAACCGAAAUGGUUUCACUGAUGUCAUGAUGGCACCCAAUCUUGUGGGAGGUUUCAAGUAUCUCCUGGAGUCACGUGACAUUGACUACCAUGUCAUGGUGGAGGACGUCCAAACGCUCAUCGAUAACCAGGAUGGUAUCCUACCUUCAACUGGUUUUUACGAGACCUAUCACACAUACGAAGAGAUCCAAGCUUGGGUAAAAGAUAUGGCUAACCAGUACUCUAGCAUCGCAACGGAGACUAAAUUCGCCACAUCUUUUCUUGGUAAAGAAAUCAACGGUCUCAAGAUUAGCACAGGUGGGAACACAAAGAGGGUAGUCUAUUUUCAAGGCGGUAUCCAUGCCCGUGAGUGGGUCUCACCAGCAACUGUAAUGUACAUGACAAAUCAGCUGUUGGAAAAUAAUGGUGAAGGCUUCCUCGACGAGUUUGAUUUUUUCAUCGUUCCCUCACUCAACGUAGAUGGAUACGAGCACUCGUGGACAAGUGACCGAAUGUGGAGGAAAACACGGAGUACUCAUGCGGGAUAUUUAUGUGUGGGUGUCGACCCAAAUCGCAAUUACGAGCAUAAGUGGAAUGAGGGAUCGGGAUCAUCUGGUAAUGCGUGCUCUGACACAUUUCGUGGUCCAUCAUUCCAUUCUGAACCAGAAGUCGAAGGAACUACUAGAUUUCUAAAGGAUCUCAAAGAGGAGGGCAGAGACAUUGCGUGCUUUAUUGACUUCCACUCCUACUCCCAGCUUUGGCUCUCUCCGUAUUCUUACAGGAAAUUAUAUGCUGAAAACUCCGAUACACAGGUUGGUGCUGCAAAAGAAGCAUGUGCAGCCCUAGAAGGUGUACAUGGGACAGCAUAUACAUAUGGACCAUCAGCAAUAACACUUUAUGCUGCAGAUGGGUGCAGUGUUGACUGGGGUUAUGCAGAAUUGGGGGCUCCUUAUUCUUACGUCGUUGAAUUGAGGGAUACAGGGAGACAUGGUUUCGUCCUCCCCGAGAAUCAGCUCCUACCGACUGGACAGGAGACUUAUGCAGGACUCAAGGCCCUCCUAAACAGCAUAAAAAAUAACUCUUAAUCCGUUGACUACUGGAUUCUGUAUAGCCCAUAGAGUUUGUACAGAAACCACCUAGUUCCAGUAGGUAAUGAGUUAAUUAGAAUCCAACCCCUACUUCCGGAUGUUGCAUUUCUUAAUACAGAGAUAAAAAAUUGUCAAUCGUUUUAAAUUUAGAAAAAUUUAUAGCUGAUUAUAACUUUUGUGAACAUUUUGAUCGUUAUGAUUUAAAUAAUUUUAAUAAUUGUAUAAUUAUGAAAAUAUUAUCAUACUUUCACGGAGUAUGUUCUACAUAUUUGCAAGGUCUAAAUAUCAUUUAGUUCUUUGUUCGUUCAAUAAUCUAAAUAUAAUUUUCACCUUUUAAUCUUCCACUGCUGGUACAAGAUUGACUAAAGAAUUAUAACCAUACGUGACAUCCAUAUCUUCAGUAUCACUUU